CAUCCAACUACUAAUAUUUAUACAUAUCAAAUCCUUCUUCACCAAAUCCAUCUUCUCGUCCCCCAUCUUCAAAAGUCAAGUGAAGCAAAUGGCCAUGUCAUCCACCCCCAACAUCUUAUUAUCACUCUUUUCCAUUCAUUUUUUGCUGUCGUUAGUAAAGAUCAAUGAGGCCAAAGUUCCUGCCAUCAUAGUGUUCGGGGACUCAUCGGUUGAUGCUGGCAACAACAACUAUAUCCCCACCAUUGCCAGGAGCAAUUUCGAGCCAUAUGGUCGUGAUUUCAAUGGUGGCCAUCCAACAGGUCGGUUCUCCAAUGGCAAAAUCGCUACCGACUUCAUCUCCCAGGCGUUUGGUCUCAAAGGGGCCAUCCCUGCUUACCUCGACCCUUCAUAUAGUAUAUCGGAUUUCGCCACCGGAGUUACCUUCGCUUCCGCUGGAACCGGCUACGACAAUUCCACUUCCAAUGUUCUCUCAGUGAUACCCCUAUGGAAAGAACUGGAGUAUUACAAGGAUUAUCAAACGAAACUGAAAGCCAACCUUGGAGACGGUAAAGCGAACGACAUAAUCAAAGAUGCUUUAUACAUGAUAAGCGUCGGAACAAACGAUUUCCUCGAGAACUACUACGCGGUCCCAGGACGUUCGUCGCAAUACACCAUUAAAGAAUACGAAAACUUCCUGGUCGGGAUCGCCGGAAAUUUCACCAAGGCACUAUACGAUCUUGGAGCCCGAAAGAUUUCGUUAGGAGGGUUGCCUCCGAUGGGGUGUAUGCCGUUGGAGAGAACCGGGAAUCUUAUGGGAGGAAGCGAGUGUGUCAAUAGUUACAACAAUUUGGCGGCUGAGUUCAAUAGCAAAUUGAACGAUUUGGUGAUUAAGCAAAACAAGGAGUUGAAUGGGAUGGACAUGGUGUUUUCAGAUCCCUAUGGCAUUAUGUUGGAUAUCAUACAAAAGCCUGCUUUUUAUGGGUUCGAGGUAACGGGAGUGGCAUGUUGUGCAACAGGGAUGUUCGAAAUGGGGUAUGCAUGUAGCCGAACCAACCCAUUUACAUGUUCGGAUGCAGACAAGUAUGUGUUUUGGGAUUCUUUCCACCCUACAGAGAAAACCAAUGCCAUUGUUGCCAAUCAUGUGGUCCAGACUUCUCUAGCCAAGUUCUUUUGACAAAUCACUCAAUAUUUAUAUGUUGUACCCAACUUUACUGUAUAACUAUAUAGAUUACUUAUGAUUUCUAUGUUCAGUUCUACUCUCUAGACUCCUUAGUUAUGUCUUCAAUAAUAAAUAUAUAUAUGUUUGGGUAAUUA